AAUGGGAACAAUGGGAUAAGCAGUGGGCUGGGCCGAAAUUACAAGCACCGAAAAUAUACACAAUAAGAUGGACCAAACGUAUAGAGAAUCAUUGCUCCAGAAUUCAGUAGAUAGAGGCACAGCGCAGCUAACGAUAUGGUGUCGCACCAGUUAAUAGCAGAGGAGCUUCUGCCCUGCGAGGCUGUGCAGAUGGGGCUUGAUAGUGUGGUUCUGAAAGCAUACAAACAGAGCCUCUGCCCACACUUGCUGAGCCAAAUGGAGUACAUUACUGCUGGGGCUGAAGAGAAUCAGAGAGCUGAAGAGCUGUUAAGGUUUGCAAAUUCAAAAAAGGCUGAAAAACUUUUGAGUGUAAUCAUUGCACCUGUUCCUAGCAGCAUUCUACCAUUUGGUUGCAGUGCAGACCUUCUUGACAUUCGGAUGGGCAGAAGUGGUCCUGAUGACAAGAUCUAUAAUAAAUACACGGAUAUCCGAAUGAUGAUUCCACGUGGUACCACCAUUCUGCAGUGGAAGAGCAACAGGAGUUCCUGGAGCUCUGUUGUUAUUUAUGGUCACAAGAAAUUUACUGGUGGUAUUGGGGAUGAGGAUGAAGAGCAACCAGAAAAUAAUGAAAAAUGGCGUGAAUACUUCAUAGGAGACCCCAACGAGGCAACUAAAGUGGUGUGCAUGGACAAGUUGAAUGGAGAGGCAGCACACAUCAGCUGCAGAUAUAUUGAUGAUCAGUUUUAUCUCAUUGUGGGAAGCAAGAAUGUUCACAUGCUCAUCAGAGGAACUAAUGAUAUUGAUCUAUAUGAAGGAUCCAGAUAUGAGUAUGCAAAGGCUAUUGCAAGGACUGUUUGCAACACCCUUACAUCCUUAGAUGCGUGGAAGCGACAUUUGCUGCUUAGUUUCCUCCACCACACCAGAUGUACACUAGUGGGUGAGAUCCUGCAGGUAAAGAACCAACACAUUGUAAAUCUAAGCCACCUGACCAAACCAGAGGUGGUGAUAAUCUCUUUAACACCCACUUACACCGGCUGUCAGGGGAAGAGCCUCUUGUCCAUGCCUCCCCACCGCUUACUUGACCUGUGCCAUGCUCUUGGUCUUCACACCGCCUCCUACACUAUUAUAUCGGUGGCUCAGGCUAUGGAUCAAAAGGAACACGUAAGAAAGAAAAAAGACAGUGAAGGAGAGGUUUUCUACUACCUUGACAAGAAUGAAGAUACCAUUGGCCUUGUGAAGGUGAAGACAGUAUGGUAUGUUAUCCUUAGAGCACUGCGGGAGAAGGCUGUAUACUCUUUCACUGCAGCAAAAAAGAAGUCAUCACGCUGGGAUAUAUCAGAUUGCAUCAAAUCAACUCACAAGCGAUUCACAGAGAUUCAGAAAUGGCUCAAGUUUUCUGACAAAUAUCUCCAAAGCUGGCAGAAUCUUGCAGGUAACUUUCUUCACUGGUUAAAUGAUGAAAUAAAGACAAGCAAAGAAGAACCAGGUAAAAUCCGACCUGCCUUUCCAGUGAUAUGGAAUAGGUUUUUAAGGACUACAAAUCAGUCAGAUCAAAUAGAACUAAAAUUUAAGUAGCAGCCUGUGAUGCCAUCAGUGGGAUAAGUGAUUUUGUUCUUCCAUUAAGUGUUUGUGUGUGUGCUUGUAUAUGUUUUUGUUAUUUUUAUAAACAAAGUGCUCCAUUAUGUUGAAAGAUGUAAACAUCAGCAUAUAUUGGCAAGUGGAGAUGCUGUCCAGAGAAACUUUUUUUUUCUCUGCUAUACACUGGGUGAUUCAAAUUGAGAUCAAUAUGGACAAAAAAAAAAGAAAAAAGGAAGUGUUGGUAGUAUUGAUUUAAGCAGAUAUAUAACAGAAUAUAAUUAGAAUAGCUGAUAUAGGAAUACAGCCAGGUUGUUACUAACAUGCAGUAUGCUAACAUGGUGGAUCAAUUUGCUUCAAAGUCAUACUUUAAUGUGAGGGACUCAAAAUCCUAAUGCAGGGAUGGACCACAACAAACUAUAGAGAAGUCUGUAAUGUGGGGUAAGAUAGCACUAACUUGGAGGCAAGGAACAGGCUGCAGCAUGGGGUAAGGUAGCACUAAUAUGGAGGCAAGGAACAGGCUGCCACUCUCCCUGCCACCUGUAGUGAUACCAGUUUAGCAACUGACCAGGGGGAAGGAGUGGGCCACUGACUCCCUGCCAUCCCUGCUACCUAGUGAUGCCAGGUUAGUUACUGAUCAUGAAGAGUAAACAGACUGGCACCGUCCCCACCACCCACAGUAAUGCCAAUUUAGCAAAUGUCCUGUGCUUGUAUGCUUGGCAACUGUGCAGUUCUCUCCUGCAACUUGCAGCAAUGAGAUCACCCAUGCUUACACCAUUAGAAAACUACUGUUUGUCAUUUGCAUUUAGUGAUGAAAGCCAUAGCUUUGCACUCAGAUUAUAUUGUGUGUGAACACCAAGUUGGGAAGAUCUGAGGUGACAUCAACAGUGAACAUUAAUCAGCUAUGUGCAUAGACAAUGGCUUGAUGUGUUUUUUAAUUAUUGUUUCUGUACUGUACUGGUAAUGCAAACCUUUAAAGGUGUUCCUAAAUUUCUAAAGUUAAUAAAGAAGUAAUUUAAUCAUGGAUAUAAGGUAUACAUAGGUGAUGUGAGGAUAUCAACAGUGAACAUCCAUUAACUGUGUAAAUAAUGACUUGUCACAGUUUUUAAUGACUUACUGUACUGCACCAGUGCUUAUUCAUUUUGUCUUUUGAUGUUUUAUGAACUUCUAUGUAAUUGUUACCUUUGGUUAUAUACAUGAGAAAAAUUUGAUUGUUGUAGGUAGUCUAGAAUUAUUUUAUUUAAAUUUUGAUAGGCUGUCUCAGCCAAGUCAGAACCAUAGUAAUUUCUUGCCAUUACUUUUAUAUUAAAUAAUGCAAAUCACAUCAGAUGCAAGGCAUUAGUGGAAACUCACCCAGUGUUAGCAACAACCUGAUUGUAAUGGUAAUAAUGUAUGACACACACACACACACACACACACACACACACACACACACACACACACACACACACACACACACACACACACACACACACACACACACACACACACACACACA